CUUAAUUUUAUUAUUAUACCACACAUCAAGAAAGAUUUACGAACACCAUUCUAUAAUAGUUAUAUAAAUUAUAAAUACAUUACCUAAAACUUAUGUAGGAAUAGUUAUUUCUAAUUUAUCAAUUGAAUAGAUGUAUUAUGUAAUGAUUAAGAUAUCACAUAAAGGUAAUGAAAAUAUCUUACCCGUACUAUGUUAGAAAUUAUUUGAUUUCAACCAAAUUAUUAAAAAAGUGUGUGUGGUACUUUUAUUAACUUUUUUCAAUGAGUUGGCAAGCUAACUAGACAUAUUAGAUGAAUAUAUGUAUGAAAAGCAUGGUAAAGGAAACCGUACCGGACAUCAUACCGGAUUUCUUUCUGGUAUGGUAUUUUGUGGUACGACCGUGAUUCAACCGUUUUGUACCGGUAAAUACCGUUUUUGUAAUAAUAAAAUAUAUUUUUUGUCAAAAAACCGUGCCACCAAAAUUAGAGUAUCGUCUCGGAGUAAUACCGGAUGUAUCGGAAUACACCGAAUAAUAAAUGAAUAUACCGAGAAAAGUUAUUAUUAUUUUAUUCAUUUGUUAAUAUUUUUAUUUACAGUUUAUUUUUUUUAUUUCUUAUCCUCUUUACUUUCUCUCCGCCAGCCACCUAACCUAACUCCCUCUCUCUCUUCAAUCUAAUUCCCCAACACAGAGGAAGCAAUUCCCUCUGUUUUCCCCAAAGUUUCAAUCCCAGAUUCUCACUCUCCAUUCUCCAUGCAAGCGGUAGAUGCUUCUUCAUUUGCCUUAAUCCUAAACUAGAUCAAUUAAUCGGUCGAUUGGACUCCUAUUGUGACUAAUUUUAUGGGCAGAAGAAGAACGACGGAAUCGGCAGGCCGUGAAUUCAUGGUGCCGGCGAGGAAGAUGUCGAAUCGAAGAUGGGAGGAGAUGGCAAUUUUCCACCCGAAUCUACCGUCUCCAAGCCUUCGCCGUCCAAUCCCCGCAAUCGAUGAUGAAUCCCUCCAGAUUUUGCUUGCCAUGCCGUCGCAUCGAGGAAGAGAAAAUACGGCGGCCAACCCCGGUGAUUCGCGGAAGCUCAUCCUUCUCGUCGUUCGCUAGCGGCAACGGUGAGCUAGAGAAGAGAAAAUAUGUCGACCUAUAAAGUAUGCCCUCGCGUCGAGCUCAUCCUUCUCGUCGUUCGCUAGCGGCAACGGUGAGCUAGAGAAGAGGAGCGGCGGGGUGAAUCUGGAGAAGAGAAGUGGAGCGUUCUAUUAGGGAUUGGGGUUUGGCUUUUAGAGUUCGGAGCUUUUUUUUUUUAUAAAUAAUUUUGUUUCACAAUACAGCGGCGUACAGUUUCAAAUAGCUUACCGCCGGUGGAAACAAAACCGGCCGAUAUUUCCUUUCGGACCGGUUAAACCAAAAAAACCGGGCGGUACGAUAAUUCAGCCACUAACUGGCUACCGUUUCAUUUCUGGUCCGAUUUCCGGUUUUACCGGUCGAACCGGCCGGUACGAUCCGGUUUCCUGGUCCAUGAUGAAAAGUGAAGAAAUAGAUAGUUUAUUAUAUCGUAAUGCAUAUAUGAUCUUUUUCUUUCAUUUUAAAUGAAAGCAGCUCCGAUUGACUGAACAUUGGCAUACCAAGGUGAAAUUAGGGGAGAUGGGCAAAUAAAUCUAUUAAGGUUUAUCACCAUUUUGUUAGAUGUCCAUCAUUUGAUCAAAUGCCCAUGUCAAGAGUCAUCGUUGUUAGUAGCUGUUUUUUAGGUAAAUUCAUAUGAUGUUUUGCAGGUAAAUUCAGAUGACACUUGGCAAUCAUAUGCAUGUGUGAGGUUAUCGCUUUAACAAUAUUAGCCAGCUCUAGCAUUGAUUGGAAAACCAUUUGAUCAAUUGUUUCAUUUUACUAAAUGAGUAAUUUAAAAUGGGUCAAUUUGGAUUAUUUACCCCAUUUUAAACAAUUGUAAUUGCCUUAAAACGAAUCAAUUUGAAAUUCUUCAGACCAAAUUGAUUUAUUCAAAUUUUAUACUGCCAAAUGGGUCAAAUUAUUUCAAAAUGAAACAAUUGGAUAAAAUUUAUAUGUUAAAAAUGCUAAUUCAAAGGAAGAGUAGUUGUCAACCUUAGGAUGAGACCAUCUUUUUGUUUUAUGAAUAAAAAAUUGAAUAUAGUUUUCCCUUUUCAUACUUAAUGUCAUAGUUACUAAAUAUACAAAGGAAUUGUCCCUUUUGUAACUUAAUCAUUUUAUUACUCCUUAAUUCACGAUAAUUUAUUUUAUUAUUACCUACAAUAUUGAUGAUCUCAUCAAUUUUCAAUGCAUAAAAGUUCUUUAUGGUAGUUAACUUUUGUAAAUGAUUACGUAAGGAUUUCAUAAUGAUUAUAAUGAUUAUGACAUAACAUAAACGUUAGGAAAGUAUCUUACCCAUGCUAUAUUAUAACUUAUUUGAUUUCAACCAAAUUAUUGAAAGAGAGAAUAGAGUUUUAAAUAUAAAUAAUUUCUUAUCGCCGUAAUUAGUAAAAUACAAUACAAAUCACUUAUGUAUAAAAUACGUAUGAAUAUAUUACUUCGUCUAUAAACGAAUGUUAUGUGUAAUAAUAAGCCAAUAGACAUAAAAUAUAUGAAAUUAAUUAUUUAAUGUAUUUAUAAUAUGAAGAUUACUGUUUUAUUUCAUUAGAUACGGGGUAUUAAACAUGUUAUACGAGUUUUUUUUAUAUGUUUAGAACGGGAGUCAUCAAAUGAAGGAGUGAAAAUGAAACAGUUUUGCAACAGGACUACAAAAAUGAAAGCUUUAAAAGAAUAUAAUACAUACAUUCAUAUGUACGUGUAUUAAAUGAAAUAAUUAUUAACUAACCUUACCGCCGCGAAGCGCGGGCCAAAAAACUAGUAUCUAUAGAACCACUUGUUUUUUAUGAUGAGCAAACUACCAAACGCUUACGCCAGGCCCCGGCUUAGCAUAGGGUCAGUAACCAAUGGUUACUAACCUAUGAGUAACUAAAUCUGGAUCUUUAGAUUUAAGUGGGUCCAUAAAAUUCAGAUCCAAGGGUUGUCAAUUAAAGACAUUUUAUUUU